AUGGUAGCCCAACGCAAGGGCCAGGAGUCCGACAAGCUUCUGGACCUGGCGUCCUUCGGCAUGGACCUCCUGGUGGGCGGCGUCGCGGCCGCCGUGUCCAAGACGGCCGUGGCGCCCAUCGAGCGCGUGAAGCUGCUGCUGCAGGUGCAGGCGUCGUCCAAGCAGAUCAGCCCGGAGGCGCAGUACAAGGGCAUCGUGGACUGCCUGCUGCGCAUCCCGCGGGAGCAGGGUUUUUUAAGUUAUUGGCGUGGCAAUUUGGCAAAUGUUAUUCGAUAUUUUCCAACACAAGCUCUGAACUUCGCUUUUAAGGACAAAUACAAACAAGUUUUCAUGUCAGGAGUUAACAAAGAUAAACAGUUCUGGAGGUGGUUUUUGGCUAAUCUGGCUUCAGGUGGAGCUGCUGGGGCAACAUCUCUGUGUGUAGUCUACCCGUUAGAUUUUGCCCGAACUCGGUUAGGGGUUGAUAUUGGAAAAGGUCCUGAAGAGCGACAGUUCAAAGGUUUAGGAGACUGUCUUGUCAAGAUCAUGAGAUCUGAUGGCAUCACCGGUUUGUACCAAGGGUUUGGUGUUUCUGUGCAGGGCAUCAUUGUGUAUCGAGCCUCUUAUUUUGGAUGUUAUGACACAAUUAAGGGCUUAUUACCAAAUCCAAAGGAAAUCCCAUUUCUUCUGUCAUUUUUAAUUGCUCAAGUGGUAACGUCCUGCUCUGGAAUAUUGUCUUACCCCUUUGACACGGUCAGGAGACGUAUGAUGAUGCAGAGUGGUGAGGCCGAGCGCCAGUACAAUGGGACCAUAGACUGCUUCCUGAAGAUCUACCGGCAUGAAGGCCUAGGGGCCUUCUUCCGAGGAGCCUUCUCCAAUAUCCUGAGAGGCACCGGUGGUGCCUUGGUGCUGGUCUUGUAUGAUAAAAUCAAAGUACUGUUAAAUAUUGACCUUGGAGGCAGUUCGUCCGAGUAA